AUGACAACGCCGCCGCCAGCGUUCGUGUACCGGAUUAGCACCGGGGAGGAGUGGGCGGAGCUUCAGCGCACCGGCGGCACGCUCGGCGGCGACCUCGACCGAUCCACUGCAUGCUUUCACCUCAGCGACCUCGCCCAGGUGACACUAAAGAAUUUUUUCCAUGGGCAAAAUGAUCUAUACUUGUUACAAGUUGACGCUGCCAAGAUUGCAGAUGGCUUAAUUUAUGAGGCAGCUGAUGGCUGUAACUACUUUCCUCAUUUCUAUGGUCCUGAUCGGAGCUUUGCACCCCUUCAACUAAGUGAUGUUGUCAAGGCAGACAAAAUAGUUCUGGCAAACAAUGAUUUUACGUCCAGUCUACUUGAUGGAGCGGCCAUAUAA